AUGUGCUACUACGGCAGCUACUACGGAGGCCUGGGCUACGGCUAUGGAGGCUUCGGUGGUCUAGGCUAUGGCUCUGGAAUUGGAGGCUAUGGCUAUCGCUCUGGCUUUGGAGGCUGGGGAUGUGGCUGCUACCGCCCAACUUGCUGUGGAGGAUACGGAUACUCUGGGUUCUACUAA